AUGCCAGUCUGUGCGGGCACAGGGUGGAACUAUCCCCUUGGAAUAGCCUCAUGGAAGCUUGGGCCUGCCCUUGCGUGCGGCAAUACUGUCGUCAUCAAAUCUUCAGAGCAAACACCGCUGUCUAUUCUGUACUUCGCGAACUUGGUCGCCGACGCCGGAUUCCCGCCCGGGGUGGUUAAUAUCAUUAAUGGGCAUGGGUCUGAAGCUGGCGCCGCCCUUGUCCAGCAUCCUCAGGUUGAUAAAGUUGCCUUUACCGGGAGCACGGCUACUGGAAAGCAGAUUAUGAAUCUAGCAAGCAGGACCUUGAAGAAUAUUACUCUGGAAACUGGCGGGAAAAGUCCUCUUAUCAUCUUUGAUGACGCAGAUCUUCAAAACGCCGUUCAUGCCGCUUACUUCGGCGCGAUGGGGAAUAUGGGCCAGAUAUGCACGGCGACGUCUCGGGUCUUCGUGCACGAGCGUAUCUAUGACUCUUUUAUGGAUGCAUUCGUUGCUCAUGCCACCAGGAUCAGUGUUAUUGGCGACCCGUUUGAUAGUCGUACGUCCCACGGAUCCCAGGUUUCGAAACAGCAGUUCGACAAGAUCCUUGCGUACGUCCAGGCUGCAAAGGAAGAAGGGGCUACUGUUAUUGCUGGUGGCACAGUGGCAGAAAACAGACCGAAUAACAAGGGUUUCUUCAUUUCACCGACCGUUGUGGGAGACGCCCGGCCUGAGAUGCGCGUGUACCGAGAGGAGAUAUUCGGGCCAUUUGGCGUCUUUGUCAAGUUUAAGGAUGAAGAGGAGGUUGUCAAAAUGGCCAAUGAUACGGACUAUGGUCUCGCUGCUGCCAUCUGUACUCGCGACAACACCAGGAUCCACCGGAUUGUACCGAAGCUCAAGGCUGGGAUGGUUUCUGUCAAUGCUACCAAUAAUAGUGAUUUUCGGGUCCCAUUUGGUGGCGUUAAACAGAGCGGCAUUGGGAGGGAACUCGGGCAGGCUGGUCUGGAAGCAUAUUCCAACAUCAAGGCUGUUCUGAUGAACAUUGCUUAG